CAUUCACUGAAAAAAGACGAAGGACAACAAUGGAGAAGAACAAAAUUUCUAGAGUUUGUGUUACAGGGGCUGCCGGAUUCAUUGGUUGUUCGCUUGUUAAAAAGCUCCUAGAGCAGGGCCAUACUGUCCAUGCCACUCUGAGGAACUUAGAGGAUGCAUCCAAAGUAGGCCUUCUCAAGUCCCUCCCUAAUGCAGACACCAAAUUGUUGCUUUUCCAAGCUGACAUAUAUGACCCCAAUGAGUUUCAACCCGCCAUCCAAGGAUGUGAGUUUGUUUUUCACGUGGCCACUCCGAUGCAGCAUAACAACCAAAGCUCUCAGGUUACACACUCAUACUAGCUAUAACAUAUGGGAUUGGAC